UUGUGGGUGGGGUCUGAAACUGACAGGAACGCUUUGUCGCGCUGUUGUGCUGGUGUGAAAAACUGUGCGCGGCGGAUGUGUUGUCGGGGAAGUCGGGCGUUUGCAAAAGUUUCGUUUGAGAAAUAAAGUAAUGGUUACAGAAGCUCAUGUGUCAGACUGUCAGAGGCAAGCCGCGAGAAUGCCGGAAAGAGCGUUCGUUUUGCCGAGGCAACAGUCUCUGCUUCUCCCCGCGGUGCUUAAUCCGUUUGUGCAUAAUGCAAAAUUGACAAAGACUGAAAAAAUCAAAUGUGCUCUCCUGGGAGUUUUCCUAGUCCCUGUCCGCACCAUCGGUCUGCUGAUCGUCGUCAUGGUGACGUGGCCCGUAGCUGUCAUCGCGACGUUCAUGCACCCCGUCAAAGGGGCCAUGAAACCCCUGACUGGGUGGAGAAGGUUCCUGUGCCAAAAAGUGCUGGCCCGUCUGGGUCGCCUGUUCUUCUACUGUAUGGGCUUCCGGGUCACUGUGAAGGGUCAAAGGGCGAGCAGCGAGGACGCCCCGAUUUUGGCGGUGGCGCCCCACUCGGGCUUCUUCGACGCCAUCGUGUGCCUCGUGGCGGAGCUCCCCUCCACCGUGUCCCGAUUGGAAAACCUGGCCAUGCCUGUGUUCGGACGGUUCCUGCGCUGUCUGCAGCCUGUUCUGGUCUCGCGGGUGGACCCAAACUCCCGCAAAAACACCAUACUGGAGAUCGAGAGGCGGGCCACCUCCGGGGGACUCUGGCCUCAGGUUCUCAUUUUCCCGGAGGGAACCUGCACUAAUCGUUCUUGUCUGAUUACUUUCAAACAAGGUGCCUUCAUUCCCGGCGUCCCAGUGCAACCUGUUCUCCUGCGUUAUCCCAACAAGCUGGACACAGUGACUUGGACAUGGCAGGGACCAAAAUCGAAGACGCUGCUGCUGCAGACCCUGUGUCAACCCUACACCGAUGUAGAAGUGGAGUUUCUCCCACCCUACAUUCCCAGUGAGAAUGAGAAGGCCACCCCAGCCGUGUUUGGACAUGCAGUGCGUGAUGUGAUGGCAAAGGCCCUGGGCGUGCCCGUGACGGACCACACGUACGAGGACUGCCGUCUGAUGAUCUCGGCUGGCGAGCUCACCCUCCCCAUGGAGGCCGGGCUGGUGGAGUUCACCAAGAUCAGCAGGAAGCUGAAUCUGAAAUGGGACAAUAUCCAAAAGGUGCUGGAGUCCUUCGCCGCCAUCGCCCGUUCUGGUAAAGGCGGGCGGAUUGGGAUUGAGGAGUUUUCCAGUUUCCUGAAAAUUCCCGUCAGUCCGCCCCUGCGGGAGCUGUUUUCCCUGUUCGACCGGGACAAUGAUGGCACCAUUGAUUUCAGAGAAUACGUGAUUGGCGUCACUGUUCUGUGCAAACCUGCAAACACGGAGGAGACCAUUCAGAUGGCGUUUCAGCUGUUUGACAUGGACGACGACCAGCGAAUCACUCAGGAGGAGUUCUCCUCCGUCCUACGCUCGUCCCUGGGUGUGGCCGACCUGGACGUCUCUAAACUCUUCAGCGAGAUCGACGUGGAUAAGUCUGGUUUCAUCAACUACGAGGAGUUCAAGGCCUAUGCCGACGCCCACCCGGAGUAUGGCAAGCUGUUCACCACCUAUCUGGAGCUGCAGCGCUACCAGGCUCUACAAGAGGCAGAGCUCACUCUCACCUCCUCCAGCAACCACCCCCACCAUGACUCCACCUCUGACAAGAAGGAAGACUGAGUCCGUGGCUCCCAAAGACUGAAGGGGAGACCUGCCGUUGAUCAGACGGCAGCCAUUUUAAAGUGACUAGUCUGACUGUAAAUGUGCUAGUCUUCCAAGUUUUACUUGACUGCCUUCUGUCUUCUUUAAGUGUCCACUUGUAGAAUUGGGUGAUUUAAAACUUAAAACUCACCGGAGAGAGUUUAUGAAAGGGGAGAUACUCCACAGAGGAUAAAUAUUUGUGUGAUGUUUUUCGAUGAAUGUUCUCCCCCAAACCGCUUGUAUUUAUACACCACACCACACCACACCAACACAUCAUACCACCACAACACAUCACAACACACCAAACAACACAACACACCACAACACACCAAACAACACACCGCAUCACAACACAUCACAACACACCAAACAACACAACACACCACAUCACAACACAUCACAACACACAACACAACACAACACAUCAAACAAGACACCAAACAACACAACACACCAGACCACGACACACGAAACAACACACCACAUCACAGCACAUCACAACACACCAAACAACACAACACACCAAACAACACACCACAUCACAGCACAACACAACACACCGUACCACACCACACCAUAUCACACCAUACCACUCCACACCACACCACACCACACUACACCCACAUCACACCACACCACACUGUAUCACACCACACCCACAUCACACCACACUGUAUCACACCACACCAUAUCACACCACACCCACAUCACACCACACCACACCACACCGUAUCACACCACACCCACACCAUACUACACCACACCACACCAUAUCACACCACACCCACAUCACACCACACCACACCAUAUCACACCACAGCAUACCACACCAUAUCACACCACACCCACAUCACACCACACCACACCGUAUCACACCACACCCACAUCACACCACACCAUAUCACACCACACCACACCGUAUCACACCACACCCACACCAUACUACACCACACCACACCACAUCACACCACACUGUAUCACACCACACCCACAUCACACCACACCAUAUCACACCAUACCCACAUCACACCACACCACACCGUAUCACACCACACCCACACCAUACUACACCACACCAUAUCACACCACACCAUACCACACCACACCACACCAUACUACACCACACCACACCAUAUCACACCAUAACACAACACAACACAUGCACUUAUGAUGUUUUAUCAUUAGUGCUCAUUUCAUAUUUGCCUGGACUGUUUCAUUUAUGCUUUUGUUUGUUUGUUUUUGUUUUUACUCAACAGGAUACUCUACAGGGUCUGAGUUCUUAUCUUUGUCUGGCCUGUAGUUUUACACCACUGUAUGUCACUCUGGAUUAAUGUCAUGCUUAAUUCAUAUAUUUAUGAACUAUUAAUUAAUGUUAGGAACUACAUUAUUACCAAUUCCAGUUCAUGUUACCUUAUUGUAAGUGUGACGCUGGGUGCUUUCAUGGCUGACAUCAGGAUUAACGGUCUGGGUUUAGGCCUAUGCACAGAACAAUCCCAGCUGUGUCAUUAGUCCUCAAUGACAUUCUGUGCUCCCUGGACAAAAAGCAACACUGUGCUCUUUAAUUUACAGAUCUGUCCAACGCUUUUGAAACAGUGUACCACGACCUUCUAAUAAGUAAGCUAAUAAAUAUAGGUUUGGGUCAAA